UAAUAAUAGCAAUUAAGAUGGCUACAGUUGCAGAGAAAAAUGUCCUCAUUGCUGUAAUAGAUGUUUCUCAGUUUUAUGAGCUUAGCAUGUCAUCAGAAGUCCAAUCACAAGUACUAUCAUUCCAGCAUUGUAUUGAUCAAAUCACUGUCUUCAUUAAUUCUUAUCUCCUCUCAAGCCAUUGUAACUCAGUAGCAGUCAUACUCUGUCAUCAAUUAGGAAGUACUUUAGUGUAUCCAGUCCCAAAUCAAGCAGAACUUGAUGAAGCUCACCCAGAACUCAACAAAGGGAAAUAUGAGCCAAUUGGGCUCAUGAAUGGACUACUAAGAGAAAGAAUUAACCAAUUCAUGCUUUCCAUAUCUGAGAACAUUCCAGCUCUAGUGUCUUCAUCAACAUUAUUGUCUGGAGCUUUGAGCAUGUCAUUAUGCUAUGCACAGAGAUGUAGUCGUGAGGCUACAGCAGGAGAAACCAUCAAACCAAGACUAUUAGUAAUACGAGCAAGUACUGAUGCAGCCUCUCAGCACAUAGCAACUAUGAACUGCAUAUUUGCUGCACAGAAACAAAAUAUUCCAAUUGAUUGCUGUGCACUAUGGGAAGACUCGAGUUUCAUGCAACAAGCUACUGAUAUCACUGGUGGCAUUUAUAUUAAGAUCCCAGAGCCAGCUGGGCUCCUUCAGUUUUUGCUGUGGGUCUUUCUGCCUGAUAUCAAAUCCAGAUCUAGUCUACAGCUACCUCAGUCAUCUGUAGUUGACUACAGAGCUUCUUGUUUUUGUGAUCAAAAACUAGUCGAUACAGGAUUUGUUUGCUCUGUUUGCUUAGCCAUAUUUUGUAAAUUCACUCCUAUCUGCCCUGUAUGUCAAGCACACUUUAAAUUGCCCUCUCUACCUCAGCUCAAAUCCAAAAAGAAAGGGAAAUCAAGCAGCAAGAGCAAAGCUAAACAAUAGGAUGAGAGCCCACGUUAUUGCACGUGGGUAGACUCCACCCACCGGUUUUAUUAAUUUUAAUGUUGGGAGUGGCUGUGUUAUUAUGUCGAGAUUUAGAGCUGUUCUUGUCAUAAGUGUUGGGGUUCUUGGAGGCGGUGUGCUUGGAUUCUGGUACAGGGAAACUUACUGGGUCGAGAAGAAAGAGAGAGAGAAAAUAAAGAUGGAGGAAGAACUGAAGUCACUCAUAGAGCUGAGGAGAAGAAAAGAAGCUCUCCUCAUCAAUUUAAAACAAGAAACCACCAAAUAGCAUGAUUUAUAAUUUAAUAUACAAUAAUAUAAUAUAAGCAAUAGUAAUAUGGCAAAAUGACAAUAAUAAUAAUAACGAACAAAUACAGAAACGAUUAAAUCAA